AGCCUAAUUAAUUUUUACGCAGCCGUGUACGUGGUACGUAUUUAUGGGCGCAUUGGCUACAAUAUCCAUUUGUGUAUUACCUUCAGCUGUUUGUUUAAAUUACAAAAGUACUUUUAUUAUUUACUUGUAGUUUACAUUAUGGGUAGUCCUAAAGAACACUUGAAUAAUUACUGGAAUUCUGCAAAGCAAAAAUUCUUCACACCGACUGAUGAUCCCUUGAGUAAACAAUUUCAGUAUUACGCUCUUGCAGCGUUAACUGCCUUUGCCGCAACGGUUUUAAUUCUAACUGUCUUUGGUAUUUGUUAUGAUUGUAUUGACUGCUCUACCAGAAAAAGAAGAAAAUCAGUCAUUGCACGUUCCACAUCCAUCACCUAUCAGGGGUUUGGCGACGUUACAGAAAUGUCGGCGAUUGAGAACAAACCUUCUACCAGUGGAUCGAAAUAAAACUUUGAAAAUUUAAUUAAAAUACGUUUGAUGAAAAUUGAACAAGAAGCAAGUCAACGAAAUGUUUUUACCUUAUUCUAUUUUGCGAGAUAUUUACCAAAACGACCUUCUCUGUAUUGAUAUUUUAAUGAGAUCUUAAUGAAAACUAUAGAAAUAGAUAUAUAUAUCAUUUUUGUAUUUCUUGCUAUCUAUGUGUCUAUGUCUAUCUUCUAUGUAUGUGUACAAUUUUCAGUUCAGUACUAGCAACAAAUAGUGCAGUAAUUGGAAGUUUCAUUGACGCCAAAUAACUGAUAUCCCUUUAUAUCCGCACACAUGCCACUAACCGUCUUGAGAUAAAAUGAAUAGCAUAGCUAUAAAAAUUUCAGAUGGUGGUAUUAUAUUAUUCCGCAUAUAUACUUGAUAAUUAAAAUGUAAUAUAAUGAAA